UGCCACGAGUGCGGGAAAAGCUUCAAUUGGAGAUCUGCCCUUAUCACACAUCAGACAAUCCACACAGGGGAGACGCCCUACACAUGCUCUGAGUGUGGGAAAAGCUUCAAUCAGAGCUCAAACCUUAUCAGACAUCGGAGAAUCCACACAGGAGAGACGCCCUACAGAUGCUCUGCGUGUGGGAAAAGCUUCAAUCAGAGCUCAAGCCUUAUCACACACCAGAGAAUCCACACAGGAGAGAAGCCCUACACAUGCUCUGAGUGCGGGAACAGCUUCAGUCAGAGCUCAGACCUUAUCAGACAUAAAAGAAUCCACACUGGUGAGACACCUUACAUGUGCUCUGAGUGUGGGAAAAACUUCAGUCGGAGCUCAGACCUUAUCAAACAUUGGCGAAUCCACACGGGGGAGACACCCUACACAUGCACCAAAUGCGGUAAAAACUUCAAUCAGCGUUCAAACCUUAUCACACACCAGAGAAUCCACACAGGAGAGAAGCCCUACACAUGCUCUGAGUGCGGGAACAGCUUCAGUCAGAGCUCAGACCUUAUCACACAUCAGACAAUCCACACAGGUGAGACACCGUACACGUGCUCUGAGUGUGGGAAAAACUUCAGUCGGAGCUCACACCUUAUCAGACAUCACAAAAUCCACACAGGAGAGACACCGUACACAUGCUCUGAGUGCAGGAAAAGCUUCAGUUGCAGCUCAGACCUUAUCAGACAUCAGAGAAUCCACACAGGAGAGAAGCCCUACACAUGCGCCAAGUGUGGUAAAAACUUCAAUCGGCGCUCAAACCUUAUCACGCAUCAGAGAAUCCACACAGGUGAGAAGCCCUACACAUGCUCUGCGUGUGGGAAAAGCUUCAAUGAUAGCUCAGGCCUUAUUAGACAUCAGAAAGUCCACAGCAGAGAGAAUUGUAAUAAAUCCCUUGACUAG